AUGUCGUCUGUCGAAGACAUCAAUGGUCCCGUUCCCGACAACCUUCCCAGCAAGGAGGUUGUUCAAGAUACAUCUGUGCCCGCAGUCAUCCAGGAGGCCCAGUUAACUGGGCUCCGACUGGUGGCUGUUUUCACUGUUCUUUGUCUUGCAGUAUUUUUGGUUGCGCUGGACAACACCAUCAUCGCCACUGCGAUCCCCCGGAUCACCGACCAGUUCAAAGCCCUCGGCGACGUCGGCUGGUAUGGAUCCUCUUACUUGCUUACAACUUGUAUGUUCCAGCUCGUGUUUGGAAAGCUAUACGGCUACUUCCCCGUCAAGCUAGUGUUCCUAACUGCAAUACUUCUCUUCGAAAUCGGAUCUGCCGUCUGUGGCGCGGCGCCUACCUCCGAUGCGUUCAUCAUCGGCCGAGCAAUUGCUGGUCUUGGGGCAUCGGGCAUUUUCCAAGGGGCUAUGGUUAUUGUUGCUUACUCUGUUGAGCCGAGGAAGCGUCCUAUGUAUAAUGGAAUCUUUGGAUCCAUAUACGGUAUCUCAUCGAUCAUCGGUCCCCUACUCGGUGGUGCAUUCACGUCCAACGUUAGCUGGAGAUGGUGCUUCUACAUAAACCUUCCUAUCGGCGCCGCGGUCGUUCUCAUUCUCCUCUUCUUCCUCCAACUACCAACGACAGUAGAAGCUGAAACAUCCUCCUCCAAAACCUUGGUCCAACACAUGGAUCCGCUUGGAAUCCUCACCUUCCUUCCCGCCAUCGUCUGUCUGCUCCUCGCCCUCCAAUGGGGGGGCACGACAUACAGCUGGUCGAACGGCCGCAUCAUCGCCCUCUUCGUCCUCGCCGGCAUCCUCGUAAUUAUCUUCUUAAUCAUCCAAAUUAAGCGUCAGGAAAACGCCAUGAUACCCACGCGGAUCAUCCGCAUGCGCCCCAUAGCAUUCUCCUCUAUCUUCAUGGUCCUGUUCGCCGGUGCCUACUUCACAAUUGUCUACUACCUCCCCAUCUGGUUCCAGGCUAUCAAGGGCGCUUCCGCCGUCAACUCAGGCAUAAUGUGUCUCCCCCUCAUGCUCUCCAUGGUGAUCUUCUCUUUCGUCACAGGUGGCGGCGUCACUGCCACCGGGCGCCCCGAGCCAUUCUUCUACUUCGCUGCUAUCCUCUCCGUCGUCGGCGCUGGCCUCAUGACUACCUUCGAAGUAACCACCGGCCAUCCAAACUGGAUAGGCUACCAAGUCCUCCUUGGCUCCGGCGUCGGAAUGGGCAUCCAGCUCCCCAUCAUCGCAGCGCAGGCUGCUCUUGCAGCGCCUGACAUCCCAAUUGGGACGGCGAUCGUGACCUUUUGCCAGACCUUUGGCGGAGCGAUCUUUGUCUCGGUUAGUCAAGCGCUUUUUGCAAAUCGGCUGAGAAGCGGGAUUCUGGACACGGUGCCCGCCGUGCGUCCGGAUAUUGUGCGGCAGAUUGGCGCGACGAAUUUGGAUUCUGUUAUUGAUGGAGGGCAUAUGCCUGCUGUGAAGAGGGUUUAUAAUGAAGCGCUUGUUUCAGCGUGGUAUUUGGCUGUGGCACUUUUUGCGCUUUCUAUUGUUGGGGCUGGGGGGAUGUCGUUGAGGAAGAAGAGUGUUAUUUGA